AACAGACUGCGUCCACCCCGUCCCAUCCCCCCGUGUGUGUACCAUAUUUAUGCCUGGAGUGGACCUCUCGUGAUAUGUUCAGUCACACUGGGAUUGCGGUUUGCGGAUGUAGAUGACAUUCCUUGGCUCAUUAAACCACAAUUUGGAAAUACAAGUGCUGGUUUGGAGAGGAUAUGGAACAGCUUGUGUUUUUCUACCUAUACAUUGCCAUCCUGUUAUUUGCCAAUUGUCUCUUCAUUGGGCACACAUAUUUGGUUAAGAGAAAAAUGGAUGAGAGUUUGGCGGCGCUGAGGGGUGACCGGGAUGGGAAUGGAACGAGAACGGCAACUGUUGUACACACCAAACGGAACUACUACUCUGAAUUCAAAACGAAGUUCUUGUUACUGGCUCUCAUGUCGAGCUGCUGGGUGACAGAAGUUCUGUCUUGGCAAAUUCCACCAGCAGAGCUUUGGGCUCUCACCGAUAUAUUCAACACUCUCCAGGGUUUCUUCAUAUUCGUCAUUUCAUUCGGAACGUUCUCGCCGUACACCUACAUCUCAACACUCAACAGAAAGCUUUCCUCGUCAUCCAUUGUCUCAAAUAUCUCAACCCUUUCGUCCUCCAUCAAAAUAAGCUCCUCAUCUGUAUUCAAUGUAGGUAGUGACAAGAGCUCUCCACAAAGGUCCGAGUCGUUUGACAGCGACAAUGGCAUCGUCACCCUCUCACACACUCCCAUAUCGAAACGAGCAGCAUUUCUUCAGGCAGCAGUGUUAGCAACGUCUCCCACUGUUAGCGAACAAGCCCCGAGGCCUCUUAGACUUGCAUGA